CUCGACCUACCAGGUGCGCAUGAGGAUGGUGGCAAGGCCCUAGGCCCAAGCUCCGCACCAUGACCUGCUGGUUGCGCAUGCUCAGCCUGCACAUGCUGCUGCUGCCCGCGGCGCCACCCCCAGCCGGGGGCUGCCCGGCCCGCUGCGAGUGCGCAGCCCCCACGCGCUCCGUGGCCUGCGCGCGUCGCCGCCUGACCACCAUACCCGACGGCAUCCCCGCCGAGACACGCUUGUUGGAGCUGAGCCGAAACCGCAUCCGCUGCCUGAACCCGGGCGACCUGGCCGCGCUCCCCGCCCUGGAGGAGCUAGAUUUGAGCCAAAACGUCAUCGCGCACGUGGAGCCCGGUGCCUUCGCCGACCUGCCGCGUCUGCGCGUGCUCCGUCUCCGUGGCAACCAGCUCAAGCUCAUCCCGCCCGGGGUCUUCACGCGCCUGGACAACCUCACACUGCUGGAUCUGAGCGAGAACAAGCUGGUCAUCCUGCUGGACUACACGUUCCAAGACCUGCACAGCUUGCGGAGGCUCGAGGUUGGUGACAACGACCUGGUGUUCAUCUCGCGUCGGGCUUUCGCCGGUUUGCUGGCGCUUGAGGAGUUGACCUUAGAGCGCUGCAAUCUCACGGCCCUAUCCGGAGAAUCGCUGGGCCAUCUGCGGGGUCUGGGGGCCCUGCGCCUGCGACACCUGGCCAUCGCUGCCUUGGAGGACCAAAACUUCCAGAAGCUUCCAGGACUGCUGCACUUGGAGAUCGAUAACUGGCCGCUGUUGGAGGAAGUAGCCGCAGGCAGUCUGCAGGGUCUCAACCUGACGUCGCUGUCGGUCACCCACACCAACAUCACUGCCGUACCGGCAGCUGCACUCCGACACCAGGCACACCUGACCUGCCUCAACCUGUCACACAACCCAAUCAGCACGGUGCCACGCGGAUCCUUUCGGGACCUAGUGCGCCUGCGCGAGCUGCACCUAGCUGGGGCCCUGUUGGCUGUGGUGGAACCACAAGCAUUCUUGGGGCUUCGCCAGAUCCGCUUGCUCAACCUCUCCAACAACAUGCUCUCCACCCUAGAGGAGAGUACUUUCCACUCGGUCAACACGCUAGAGACGCUGCGCGUGGACGGGAACCCACUGGCCUGCGACUGUCGCCUGCUGUGGAUCGUGCAACGUCGCAAAACCCUCAACUUCGACGGGCGGCUGCCGGCCUGCGCCACCCCAGCCGAGGUGCGCGGUGAUGCACUGCGCAACUUGCCCGAUUCGGUGUUGUUUGAAUAUUUCGUCUGCCGGAAGCCCAAGAUCCGCGAGCGCCGCCUGCAGCACAUCACAGCCACGGCUGGCGACGACGUGCGCUUUCUGUGCCGCGCCGAGGGCGAGCCCGCGCCCACCGUAGCUUGGGUGACACCCCAGCACCGGGCAGUGACGAUCGCCAGCCCGGGCCGUGCACGCGUGCUGCUCGGCGGGACCCUGGAGAUCCUGGACACGCGGCCACAGGACAGCGGCACCUACACAUGCGUGGCCAGUAAUGCGGGUGGCAACGACACCUACUUCGCCACCCUGACCGUGCAGCCCGAGCCGGCCACCAACCGGACCCCGGGUGAGGGUCACAACGAGACACUGUUGGCCACACGAUUCCCACUGGACCUCACAACCAUCCUGGUGUCCACGGCCAUGGGCUGUAUCACUUUCCUGGGCGUGGUGCUCUUCUGCUUCGUGCUGCUGUUCGUGUGGAGUCGUGGCCGUGGACAACACAAGAAUAACUUCUCCGUGGAGUACUCCUUCCGAAAAGCCGACGGGCCUGCAGCCGCCGCCGGCCAAGGUGGCGCUCGGAAGUUCAACAUGAAGAUGAUCUAA